CUCCGGAGAGCGCAGCCGGGAGGGGCGUCUUGGGGCUCGCAGGGGUCGACCCCCGGCGGGCUGUGGUGGUGGGUGUUGGGGGGCCCCCCCGGAGCGGCGAGGCCCCCCACCCCUGAGCCGGGUUACGGCGGGCCGCCCGGGGUGCCCAGGCUGAGAGGGGGGCGGGAGCGGCGCCCCGGCCGCCCGCGCGGGGUCUCCCCCAUGGUGCAGCGGGGUUCGGGAUGUCGAAGACGCUGAAGAAGAAGAAGCACUGGCUCAGCAAGGUGCAGGAGUGCUCGGUGUCCUGGGCCGGGCCCCCGGGCGACUUGAGCGCCGAGAUCCGGGGCGGCGCGGAGCGCGGCGAGUUCCCCUACCUGGGGCGGCUCCGCGAGGAGCCCGGCGGGAGCACCUGCUACGUCGUGUCGGGCCAGGCGCCCAGCCCGGGGGAUGUGCUGCUGGAGGUGAACGGGACGCCGGUCAGCGGGCUCACCAACCGGGACACCGUGGCUGUCAUGCGCCACUUCCGCGAGCCCAUCCGUCUCAAGACCGUGAAGCCAGGCAAAGUCAUUAAUAAAGAUUUGCGACAUUACUUGAGUCUUCAGUUCCAGAAAGGAUCAAUUGAUCACAAACUACAGCAAGUAAUCAGAGAUAAUCUCUACUUGAGAACCAUUCCAUGCACUACAAGGGCCCCCAGGGAUGGGGAAGUUCCAGGGGUGGACUAUAAUUUCAUUUCUGUUGAACAAUUCAAAGCACUGGAAGAGAGUGGAGCAUUGUUAGAAAGUGGAACGUAUGAUGGAAAUUUCUAUGGAACUCCCAAGCCUCCAGCAAAACCCAGCCCUUUCCAGCCAGAUCCGGUUGAUCAGGUCCUCUUUGAUAAUGAGUUUGACACAGAAUCCCAAAGAAAGCGAACAACAUCUGUCAGCAAGAUGGAAAGAAUGGACAGCUCUCUUCCUGAAGAGGAAGAGGAUGAAGACAAGGAAGCUAUUAAUGGCAGUGGAAAUGCAGAGAACAAAGAGAGACAAUCAGAGUCCUCUGACUGGAUGAAGACGGUACCAAGUUACAACCAAACAAAUAGCUCUCUGGACUUUAGAAAUUAUGUGACGAGAGAUGAGAAUCUGGAACCACUGCCCAAAAACUGGGAAAUGGCCUACACUGACACGGGGAUGAUCUACUUCAUUGACCACAAUACUAAGACAACCACCUGGCUGGAUCCUCGUCUUUGUAAGAAAGCCAAAGCCCCUGAAGACUGUGAAGAUGGAGAGCUUCCUUAUGGCUGGGAGAAAAUAGAGGACCCUCAGUAUGGGACAUACUAUGUUGAUCACCUUAACCAGAAAACCCAGUUUGAAAAUCCAGUGGAGGAAGCCAAAAGGAAAAAGCAAGCAGGACAGGCUGAAAUCGGGUCUUCAAAAUCAGAUGUGGAAAGAUCGCACUUCACACGAGAUCCGUCCCAGCUUAAAGGUGCCCUUGUCCGAGCAUCACUAAAAAAAAGCACAAUGGGUUUUGGCUUUACCAUUAUUGGUGGAGAUAGGCCUGAUGAGUUCCUGCAAGUCAAAAAUGUGCUGAAAGAUGGUCCUGCAGCUCAGGAUGGAAAAAUUGCACCAGGUGAUGUAAUUGUGGAUAUCAAUGGCAGCUGUGUGCUGGGUCACACUCAUGCAGAUGUGGUCCAGAUGUUUCAGUUAGUACCUGUCAAUCAGUAUGUAAAACUCACUUUGUGUCGUGGUUAUCCGCUUCCUGAUGACAGUGAAGAUCCUGUUGUGGACAUUGUUGCUGCUACCCCUGUCAUCAAUGGACAGUCAUUAACCAAGGGAGAGACUUGCCUAAAUACUCAGGAUUUUAAGUCAGGAACAGGAAUUCUGGACCAAAAUGGAAAAUCAGGACAUGCCGUGACCAGUGAUCGUCUUAAUGGACCAUCAGACCCAAGUGAGCAGAGAGCAUCCAUGGCUUCGUCAGGCAGUUCCCAGCCUGAACUAGUGACUGUCCCUUUGAUGAAGGGUCCUAAAGGCUUUGGGUUCGCAAUUGCUGAUAGCCCCACUGGACAGAAGGUGAAAAUGAUAUUGGAUAGCCAAUGGUGUCCAGGCCUUGAGAAAGGGGAUAUAAUUAAGGAAAUUUACCAUCAAAAUGUACAGAAUUUGACGCAUCUCCAGGUGGUAGAAGUGCUAAAGCAGUUUCCAGUAGGUGCAGAUGUACCAUUGCUUAUCUUAAGAGGAGGUCCUCCUUCACCAACUAAAACUGCCAAAAUGAAAACAGAUAAAAAGGAAAAUUCAGGAAGUUUGGAGGCCAUAAAUGAGCCCAUUCCCGAGCCUAUGCCUUUUCCACCCAGCAUUAUCAGAUCAGGAUCCCCCAAACUGGAUCCCUCUGAGGUCUACCUGAAAUCGAAGACUUUAUAUGAAGAUAAACCACCAAACACCAAAGACUUGGAUGUCUUUCUUCGGAAACAGGAGUCAGGGUUUGGCUUCAGGGUGCUAGGAGGAGAUGGACCCGACCAAUCUAUAUAUAUUGGAGCAAUUAUUCCUCUGGGAGCAGCUGAGAAAGAUGGCCGGCUCCGUGCUGCUGAUGAGCUGAUGUGCAUUGAUGGAAUUCCUGUUAAAGGGAAGUCACACAAGCAGGUCUUGGACCUAAUGACAACUGCUGCUCGCAACGGCCAUGUGUUGUUAACUGUCAGAAGGAAGAUCUUCUUUGGAGAGAAGCAGCCUGAGGAUGACAGCUCCCAAGCCUUCCUCUCAGCCCAGAAUGGAUCUCCCCGCCUGAACAGAGCAGACCAUGUCCCCGGCAGGCCUGGUCCCCAAGAGACCUAUGAUGUCGUCUUGCAAAGAAAAGAAAAUGAAGGGUUCGGCUUCGUGAUCCUCACCUCCAAAAACAAACCCCCUCCUGGCGUUAUUCCUCAUAAAAUUGGUCGAGUCAUAGAAGGAAGUCCAGCUGAUCAUUGUGGAAAACUCAAAGUUGGAGAUCAUAUCUCUGCAGUGAACGGGCAGUCCAUUAUUGAGCUAUCCCACGACAACAUUGUUCAGCUGAUCAAAGAUGCUGGCGUCACCGUCACACUCACAGUUGUUGCUGAUGAAGAACAUCACGGUCCACCAUCAGGAACAAACUCAGCCCGGCAGAGCCCUGCGCUGCAGCACAGGCCUGUGGGGCAGUCCCAGGCCAGCCACGCCCUCGGGGACAGAAGUGUCCUAGAAGGUGAAAUGGGGAGAGAUGCCUCCAUGUCCUACAGGCAGUCCUGGAGUGAUCCCAAGCACCUGGGCCAGCCUGACACCGGCGCCAUUUCAGUGGUGGGCAGCCGGCACAACCAGAGCCUUGGCUGUUACCCAGUGGAGCUGGAGAGAGGGCCCCGGGGCUUCGGAUUCAGCCUGCGCGGCGGGAAGGAGUACAACAUGGGGCUGUUCAUCCUUCGCCUCGCUGAGGACGGGCCUGCCAUCAAAGACGGCCGCAUUCAUGUUGGUGACCAGAUUGUUGAAAUCAACGGGGAGCCCACCCAAGGCAUCACGCAUACUCGAGCGAUCGAGCUCAUUCAGGCCGGAGGGAACAAAGUUCUUCUGCUGCUGAGGCCAGGAACUGGCCUGAUACCAGACCACGGCGAUUGGGAUAUUAAUAAUCCUUCAUCUUCAAACGUGAUUUAUGACGAGCAGUCACCAUAUCCCCCAUCUGCACACUCUGCUUCCGUGUUUGAAGAGUCUCCUGUGCCGGUAACUGAAGACUGUUUGAGAGCACAAACAGGUAAAAAGGCAGAAGAAUUAAAGGACAGUGUGCCUGAAACAAAAAGCACUUUAAGUGACACUCACUCUGAGAUGAAGCACCAAUCUACUCUCCAGAAAAAUGUGAAAAAGAGAGAUCUACCCAGCAGUCAUGGGCACGGGGACAAGAAACAGCUAUUAAAAGUAGAAAAUGGUGUUACACGAAGAGGGAGAUCUGCUAGUCCCAAAAAGUCGGCCAGUCCACAUUCCAAGGAACAUUUGGGAAAGAUUCCCAGCACUCUAAAAAAUGACCCCAAAAGAAGACCCAGAGAACGGUCCCCGAGUCCCAGGCAAGGGGAGAAUAACAGCUCCCUGCCCAGAAGCAGGGCGGGCCCUGGACUGGAUCCCUGCGGAAGCGGCCGAGGCCGGCCUGGCAGCCUGAUGGAAGGGGACAAGGAACUGGCAAAGGCAGGAGCUGAGCGGUUAGAGGGCAAGGGCGGUCAAGUCGGGCGCCAGGCCGGCACCCACCCCGAGCAGAUGCCCACAGGCAAAGACAAGUCAGGGGUCGUCAGGAAGGAGGCGGCGACACAGGGGAAACACAGAGCAAGGUCUCCAGAGAAGAAGGACAAGCGGAGGGAGGAGAAGUCCAUGCCAUCCAAAAAGACCAUGCCCGCCACUGGCAGAGCCGUAGCUGCAAGGGAGAGAGGGCAAGGAAGCCGAGAGACAAGUUCUCGCCAAGCAGAACUGGUGGAGAGCGCACAGGUGUCAGAGGGGCAGCCACGGCAGGAGCCUGAGGAGAGCGGCGGGUUCCCCGGAGACCAGGCUCACCAGGGGCAGGAAGCAGAGGCAGCCGACAGGAGGGCCAAGCCUGCAAGUGGGUCCCCAGCUAAACGGCCACCAAUAACUCCAGGGCCCUGGAAGGUGCCGCGCGGAAACCAAGUCACCAGUGCUGGUGACUUUCAGACUGAGAGGCGGGUGUGACCCUCAGUAGCAAACCAGUCGGAAUCUUUCCUUACUAGAAAGCAUUUCCCCCAAGCAUUUCUUCCUUCCAGUUCAGAAACAACAAAUACAUUUGGAGUAUCAAA